AUGGAUGAAAGUUUUUCUCUUUCUCCAAAGGUUCUAGAAAAUUGUUGUCGCAUAGCUAGAGAAGGUGGUGUUUUAGAAACGCAAAAUUAUUCUUAUCAGGAUCAGAAUAUUUCCAGUAUUUUUGAUGGCUAUAGUUUUCAAAUAGCUCCCGAUGAAUUGAGUCUUGUUUUUCAAGAUGUGUCAGCGCGUAAACAGGCGGAGUUAGAACUUCAGUUAGCUAAGGAGCAAGCUGAAUCAGCUAAUGUAGCCAAGACGCAGUUUUUAGCUAAUAUGAGUCAUGAAAUCCGGACACCGCUUAAUGCCAUUGUUACGCUUAGUCAGAUAUUGUUGGAAAAAGUAGAACAACAUUUAUUAACAGAAAACACGAUUUUUAAUACAACGUGUAAACGUUACUUAGAUAGUAUCCAGUUGGCAGGCAAAGAUCUAAGUAGUCUUUUAGGUAAUGUUUUAGAUUUUGCUAAAAUUGAGUCUGGUUGUAUGGAUUUAGAAGAGGUUUUUUUUGAGCUGAGAGAAUUUUUACAAGAUCUGUGUCAACUAUAUCAAUUUGCCGCUGAAGAAAAGGGCAUUACCUUAAGGCAAGAGGUCUCAGUUGAUGUGCCCAAUAAUGUUUAUCUAGAUGAGGGGAAGCUGAGGCAAGUUUUGCUUAAUCUGUUGAGUAAUGCAAUUAAAUUUUCUCCUGAAAAUAAAUCUGUGACACUUCGUGUUGAUAAACAAGGAGAUCUUUUACAGUUUCAGGUUAUUGAUCAGGGAAUUGGUAUUUCUGAAACACAACAAAAAACUAUUUUUGAGAUGUUUGAGCAAGGGGAUGCAUCUCUUACAAGAAAUUACACAGGAACAGGUUUAGGGCUUGCUAUUAGUAAAAAACUAGUAGAAAUAUUAAAGGGGAGCAUUUUUGUAGAGAGUGUGAUGCAUCAAGGAGCUACAUUUUCUAUCCAGAUUCCAUUUUUAGAAUCAAAAAAGGAAGAAAGCAUUUCUUUUAGAGAAGAAAAAAGCCAAUUUCAAUUAUCAAAUGAAAGUCCAGUGAUUCUGGUUGUUGAAGAUAAUAAACUCAACCAGUUAACAAUUACAGCAUUAUUUGAGUUAUUUAAUUUAACUAUUCAUUUAGCCAGCAAUGGGCAAGAGGCGAUACAAAAAACAAAGGUUUUAGAUCCCGAUUUAAUUUUUUUGGAUUUGCAUAUGCCAGAUAUGUCGGGUUUAGAGGUGAUAGAGAUAUUACGUUCAAUUACGGCAUAUCGUGAUACGCCUAUUAUUAUUUUAUCGGCAGACGCUAUAAUUGAGCAGCAAGAAAAAGCUUUAGCUGUCGGUGCCUCUGCUUACCUGACAAAACCAAUAGAGAUCGAUAAAUUGUCUCUUUUAUUAAAAAAAUAUCUAUAA